AUGCCUAUACUUAAUUCGCUUCUCGAUAAACAUCAACAUGAGUUGCGUAGAGAAUUUGAACGACGACAAAAGAUGCUUGAAAUCGACGCUCAAGAUCAUCAACUGGUUGAACAAUUCUAUCAGAUAAAACCAAGAAAAGCAGAGAUUCAAUUAGAAAAACUUAUAUGGAAAGCAACUCAAGACGAGCAACAACUACGAUAUGAGAUAGUCAAGUUUCAGCAAUGGUUAUCAAAAGACGCAGCAGAUACAUGUCAAUGUACUUUUCAAGAUUGGCAAUUAUCAGCAAUUAAUUCAAUACUUAUCGAACAACUUGUCGACAGGAAAUGGAUAACUUUAGGAAACGAUAUAACUGACUAUCAUACGAAAAUUGUCGAUACGUUUAUUAGCGAUUUAAUGCAACAGAUUAUAAGAACAGCCGAAGCAACAGCAAACCAAUACGUCGAACGAAUAAAAGUUUACAACAACACAAUUCUAAGCAAUAAAACAACAUUUAAAAAGCCACCAACCGUUCACAAUCUACUUAAGGCAAUUGAAGCUCGACAGCAAAACAUGAUUCAUCGAGUUCAAUUAAAUAUGAAACAUCUCUAUAAACAAACUCGACCCUAA